AUGCACCGCGCUGCCUCCAACCAGCGCUCGGUCUCCUCCUCCUCGGGUUCCUUCCAGCCGCCGCCGCCGCCGCCGCCGCCGCCACCGCCGCACGCCGCCGACCGGCAGCCGCUCUUCCCGGGGAGCUCCAGCAGCGGCGGCAGCAGGCGGGGCUCGGGGUCGAGCUCGGGCUCGGCGCGGGCCCGCCGCCCCCGCAGCCCCCGCAGCAGCCCCGAGGAGGAAGAGGAGGAGGAGGAGGAGGAAGAGGACAGCAUCAGCAUCAGGGCGGCGGGCGGGCGGCGCUGGGGCUUCCAGGCGCUGUCCCUGGUGCUGCUGCUGGGGCAGGGCGCGCUGCUGGACCUCUACCUGAUCGCCGUCACCGACCUGUACUGGUGCAGCUGGAUCGCCACCGACCUGGUGCUGGCGGCCGGCUGGGGCAUCUUCUUUUGCCGCAACAGUCGGGCGCGCCGCCGCGAGCGGCCCCCGCCGCCCCCCGGGCCGCCGCCGCCGCACCCGUUGCUGCUGCACGGCCCCCCCGGCGGGCGCGGGGCCGGGGGACGCGGGGCCGGCGGCCCCCCCCGCGGCGGCGACUUCGCCUACGCUCACCUGGCCUGGCUCAUCUACUCCAUCGCCUUCACGCCCAAGGCGGCGCUCAUACUGGGCACCUCCAUCCUGGAGCUGAUCGAGCUGCGCCUGCCGCUGGGCACCACCGGCUUCCGCAUCACCCUGGCGCUCUCCGCCCCGCUGCUCUACUGCCUGCUGCGGGCCAUCGGCGCCGAGGGCUCCGGGCAGCUGCUUCUUCCCCCGCAGCCUCCGCCGCAGCACCGCGCCGCAGCCGCCUUCCUCGCCACCUGCCUCGACCUCCUCGACAGCUUCUCCCUGCUGGAGCUGGUGCUGCAGCCCAGCCGCCCCGCGCCGCUGCCCGCCCCGCUGCGCUACCUCCUCAUCGCCGUCUAUUUCCUUUGCUUGGCCUCGCCGGUGCUGUGGCUCUACGAGCUCAGCGCCGCUCACCCGCCCGGAGCCGCACGCCUCGCCCUCCACCUGCUGCUGCCCGCCGGGCUGCUGGACGCGCCGCUGCUGGCGCUCCGCUGCCUCCUGCUCCUGCGCUACCAGCAGCCGCUCUCCCUCUUCAUGCUGAAGAACCUCUUCUUCCUGGCCUGCCGUGGCCUGGAGGCCCUGGAGACCUGCUGCCUCCUGCACCCCACCGCCAACCUGCCGCCCUCCAAGUAUGGCUCUGCUGCUGGGCCCCCCACCGCCGCCCCGCUGGGCCACGGGCUGUCCGACGUCGAUGUGGGCCCCCAUGGUUACGUCAAUGCGCUGGCCGUCACUGCUCAGGGCUGAGCCUGCUGAGCCCCGCCAGUCUCUCUGUGUUUCUGCUCAGGUUCCCUCUGCUGUGGCCAAGCGUGGGAAGGGACAUGGACACCCUGCCGGACUCCUGCUGCCCUCCCUGUCCUAUAGACAAUUCUGUCAGCGGAAGCUUGACAUGAACCCCGCUACCUGCAGGAGUCCAUGGCCGAUGUUUCACCCCUGGAAAACACAUCUGCCCCUCACCACGGGUCCUCUUCAGUGCUUUUGCCUCUCCACACUGCCCGGAGGAUCCCACCUUUUCCCCUCCAACUCCUCCUCGCCAAGACAUUGUGUUGCUUUGUGACCAUAAAUGUUUGGUUUUCUUUUCUUCCCCCAACCAACAGGGACCAGAUGCUCCCCAGUCCUUCAGGAACAACUGUUGACCAGCGAUGAGAUGCGAGGGGGGCCCAAGCAGCAGAGAUGUGCCUUCUUGGUGCGUGCAGAACAAGAACAAGCAUGCUUGGGUUCCACCGGUCCCACAAAGCCACCCCCAUGACCCAGCAGAGCUGGGUAGACUGGGGAGGAACAGCUGGGGAACACCUAGAAGCACGCUGGCCAUCUGCUCAUUUCAAGCCUUGAAGCCACUUCCUCCGAGCUGUAAAUGUCUACCUCUGUGCUUCAACCUUUGGCAUCUUACGUUGAUUUCACACACUAAAGAAACAAGUGAAUCCAAAAUGGACAUGGUCGGGGGAAUUGCUCCCACCGAGACACUGACUUCUGGUGAGAACAGGGUUUAGGCAGCCUCCUGCUGGCUUCAGACAGCAGCGCCCGUUUGCUGGGGCGCUCGUUUCUCUGUGAAUAUGCAUGUUUGUGGGAUCAGUGUUGGUUUUCCUUUAUGCAGCGUAGGGACUCCCUUUGUGUAGGGUGGGAGGGCUGGAAAGGUCCCCCCUGAGCUCUUCCCACAUCUGUUUGAGGGAGCAGCAGGGCAGCUCCCAAAUGGCGGUGCGGGGCUGGGUGCUGCCUGUGGCCUGUGCUGGCUGAGCACGGAGCAGGGCACUCCAGCACCCUGCCCUCCAGGUGUGCGUGGCUAAGGGUGGUGGGGAGCAGUUCGUUGUACUUAUUGUCUCAUAGAAACAGUUAUCUUUGAUUUUAAGCUCCAUGCAUGUGUGGGGUGGGUUGCGGCCUGCUCUUCAGCCUGGUUCCAGCCACUCCCCAAGCUGGCUGCACUGAAGCAGGAGCGCAGAGGCCACGUUUGGAAGAAGACCUUAGCCUCCCACAGGCCUCUUUUUCGCUCCCUGGCCAAGGCUGCUGUCAUUGGCUUCUGUCCAGAGCCAUUUUUCAAGCUGUCCUGAUGGCAACGGGCACAAGAGCCCACCGCCUCCUCCGCAGAGCCAGCAGCAGGAC